AUGCAAAUUCCUUGCCUUUUCCUCAUUUUUGGACUGGGUCUUUGUGCUUUCGCUCAGGAGAAGAAGCUCGAUAAACUCCAGAUUGGAGUUAAGAAGAGAGUAGAGCCAUGUGAGAUGAAGUCGAGGAAGGGAGAUGUAUUGCAUAUACAAUAUGUCGGCAGACUUCCCAAUGGAACCGAGUUUACACGUAACGAGGAUUUAGUGCAUAAACUGGGAAGGGGACAGGUGAUAAGGGGAUGGGAUCAAGGGCUUAUGGAUAUGUGUGUUGGCGAGCGUCGAACUCUUACCGUUUCUCCUCGCUGGGCUUACGAACAACGUAUUUCACACCCAAAAAUUCCAGGUAUCGAGUUUUUUUGGUUAUCAAUUGUUUGA